AUGGCAGGUAAUAAGGGUCUUAAAAGGGCGCUUAUAGGAGUUGGGAGUUUUGCGCUGAUUUUUCCAUUGAUACUUUAUUUUUGGGGAUUUUCUGAGGAAGAAAAAAAUCAGCAGUUAGUGACUUUUACUUAUGAGAAAACGGAAUUUUUAGAGAAGAAUCUAGAAAAUGAAAUAGAGACAAAAAAUUUAUAUGUAAAGGUGAACAUUACAUUGAGUGAUAGCAAAGUGACAUAUGAAAUAAUCACUAUUAAUUUUUCUUCUAUUUCGAUUGACUAUAUAAAAUCUCUACCUCUAAUAAGAGACCCAAAAAAUCAGCUUGAAAAUACUGUCAAUUGUAAGCCAGCAGCAUUUGGAUAUACACAAGAGCAAGCCAAAAAAUAUUUCAAAGAAACCAGUUUUCGAAAGUGUGAAAAAUUUGGGAAUGACGAAGAAAAAUAUUUAGAAUUCACCAAUGAUACCUUAAUUUUGCAUUGCAAAGAAGGGGAAAGCACACAGUAUGCUUUAGGAACUUAUCCAGAUGAAGAAGUAUUUGGGGAUGUAAAAAUGUUGCCUAUAUGAAGAGUAUUUCAGAGAGAGGUGAAAAUUGGGAAUAUGGAAUUUGCCUUUGGAAAAUGCUCAACAACGAAUAUUAUGGCUAAGCUUCAGAAUAAAUUUAACCAAAAAGCAUCAGAAAGAGCUUUACAAAGAAUGGAAGAAAUUAAGCAAAGCCUUAAAAUUAAUAAGAUUAAGCCGCUUACAGUGAUUAUAUUGCUGCUUGAUUCAGUGUCUAGAUAUCAUUUCUAUAGGAAUUUAAAUCAAACUGUGGAUUUUUUCAACUCAAAUAUAGUGACCGGAGAAUUUUCCAAAAAAUUAGCAAUUUAUGAUUUUCUCAUAAAUAAUGCACAAGGUGAUACAACAAGACCUAAUAUGAUCCCUUUGCUAUACGGCUAUGAGCUAAGCGAACUUGAAGAAAAAUUAUCAAAUUAUACAAUUCAUAACCCAUCAAAUUGAUUUAAAUUUAAGCAAGCACAAAAUGAUGCUAUAUGAAACCACUACAAAGAUCUAGGAUUUGUAACAAUGUUUGGGUAUGAUACUGUUAACGAUUUUUUAUCUCUUUGCACUGGUAGGAAAAUUUCUACCGACCAUGUUGUUUCAAAUUUCUACCAUGGAGCAAGCAAAGUAUUUAAUUAUCAGGAUUUUGCAACAAAAGAAAGAUGCAUCGGAAAUAAAAAUGCUCACAAAUACCUAUUGGAUUAUGCAUAUGAAUUUGUGCAAAAUUAUUCUGGGCACAAUAGGUUUGCAUAUCUUCACAUUUCUCCUGGGCAUGAAGAAACAGGAAGGGUGAUUAUUACUGCUGACCAAGAUAUUAAGGAAUUCUUCAAUGAAAUUUUAGCCUAUUUUAGUAAAAAUAAUGAAGAUUUUGUCAUUCAUUUUAUGUCUGAUCAUGGAAAACAUUCUGGAUUCUGAGAUUUAGAUUAUGAAGGGUAUAUGGAAAACAGGCUUCCUAUGCAUUUUAUGAUAACAAACAAAGAAUUAAUUUCAAAAAUUGGUAAAAAUACUGAUGAAAUCAUAAAAUACAAUACAAAAAGGCUGGUAAGUCGAUAUGAUUGGCAUUUAACCUUUAAACACUUAGCCAUUCUUCCUUAUGGAAACCUGUUUUUAGAUUCAGAGACAUACAAGCACUGAAAGAGUUUUCAGCACACACAUAAUGCUGUCUCUCUUUUAUUAGAAAAAAUUAACGAUAAUCGAAAUUGUGCAGAUCUUGAAAUUCCUGACAUUUCCUGUACCUGCAAAGAAUUUAAAGAAAUUUCGAUUGAAAUCGCAAAGCAAACCGCAGCAAUCCAAAAAUUAAUAGAUUUAGGAAUUUCGGCAUUAAAUGAAAAAAUUAGAGAUAAAAGCAAUGAAGAUGACUGUGAAGAAAUUACCUUUAAAGAAAUAGUUAAAGCUGAAGUAUCAGCCCUAAAACCAAUUGUUGAAGGAGGAAACAAGAAAUACAAAAUCACUGUAUCUAUCAAUGAAGGAGGAAAGAUUGAAUUUAAUGGGUAUUUGGUAACAGACCAGUUCAAAAAACGAUUUAUGGUAUCAAAUUGAAACCAUUUAUUACCUUAUCUAUGAUUUGAUAAGGAUUACAAUGGAACUACACACAGCAUGUUUUUGCAAUUGAGAGAAAUUAAAAGAGUGGACGAUUCCACGUGCAACAAAUUAGAUAGUGAUAUGAUUAUUGAUGCAAACAAUUGCUAUUGUUUUAAAUCAAAUUAA